UUUUUGUCACUGGUAUAAGUAUGAUCAUCAUUCUUCACUGCUUUCCAGAUGCAUGGCAUUUAAAGGAAAUUCCUUCUUUCUCGGUAUUUUGUAUCUUUAGAUAUGAAGUAAAUCUUUUGUAGAAAAUAUAUCUUUUAAUCUGGUGUCAGUUUUGAAUGUUGCUGUCUACAUGUUUAUGCUAUCUACUUACAUUUCAAGAAGCUAUCUAGCCUGCAACCUGUGUUGGGUGUUAUUUGGUGAUAUCCAUUCGCAGGUUCUAGAUCUGUUGCUCUUGCAUUGGUCUGAUCUGGAAUCACAUGGGGUAGCUCAAGCAUUGCAACAUUUUCCAGGGGUUGUUCUGUACCUUAGGAAUCUGUGCAUCAGUACAAAUUCUAGGCCUCUCUUCACUAUUUCUGUGAAGUAUACUGUGGGAAGUUUAAGUGUCAUAGAGUUUGAACUGAUCAUAUAGACCACUUCCAGAGAUCCUGCAGAUUUCCCAAUAUUAUAUCCCAUUCUGUCUGAAUGGAACAUCUUUCCAUGUUCUUGUUAGUGUCUUCUUCAGUUCCUUCAGAAAAUCAAAGUUUGCAUUGUAGAGACGUUUCAUAAACUUGGUUAGUUCACGCAGGAAUGUUUAAUUUUGUUUUCCCUUCCUCCCUCUCUCUUUCCUUCCCUCCUCCCCUCCCUCCCUCCCUUCCUCAUUCUCCUCCUCUACUUCCUCCUCCUCCUCUCUCUUUCUCUAUAUUUGUCUUUACUAAUUAUUAAUAUUUAGUUUUUUGUUAAAAGGUCCCUAAAAGAGUAACAUUUGCUCAGAACCAUGGAACCAUCUCCCUAGACCCCUAUUAAGUUCUAUUUAUGCAAGUAGUAAUUACAGAAAAUUGUAUAAAGCUAUUUUUAUCAAUUUUAUUUUUUUAAUUUAGAUAAUCAAAAAGCUUGACUUUACAUAAGCAUGUACUAUUUUAAUAAGUUUUUCUUUUCUUGUAUUUUUUUUAUAUUCUUAAACAUAACAUUACUACCUACUCAGUCUGUGUAUUUUCAGGAAUGAACACUUGGUAUUGGAUAGCCAUAUGGUGUACUGUCCUCUGGGGUCUAUUUCUCCAGCUGUCAGGAUUCAUUAGUUCUUGGCUAAGGCUGAGGUCUAGUGAGCUUUCUCCCUUCCACGUUUAGCUCAUGUUUCGGCAGCCACAUUUGUCUGACUUUUUAUAAGUAGCUUCUCUGACAUUGCUAGGAGACACAAUGUCACAGCAAACCUCUAUUCUUCUGGCUCUUACCAUAUCCCCAGCCUCCCUGCUUAGUGAUGCUUGAGCCUUACUGCAGGAGUUGUGCUACUCUAUGUGUCAGUUGGGACUGAGCAUCACAACUCCAUUUUGACUGAUAGUGGUUUUCUGUAAUGUUCUUCAUGUCUUACUAAAAGAACUUUUCCUUAUGAGAGUGAGGAUUACAUUUAUUUGUGUGAAGUAAGAUAAGUAUUUAGAAUGCUGUUUGGGAUUAUGCUGCUUUAGUAAAGUAGUAUUUGUAUGUUCUUCUCUAAGAUCCAUGACAUCAUUAGCCCUGGGAAACAUAGCCAAGUUUUCGGUACAACCUGUGAUUUCCCUGUUGUUGAGUCUUGAUUCCCAUUAGAAAUUGUUGGUUGCCACCAAGGUAUAUGGGCCAUUCUUGAAGCCUUAGGGUUAUUGUGCAGUGCAGAUCAUUGUUGUGGUUCAUAGUUGUCAUAGCUGGGUAGGAGGCUUGGUUGGCUCCCUCCUUUGGAAGCUUGCAUGUUGCUUUCUUACACAAUGAAAGCCAGUUACCAGGGAGAAUGCUUUAAGAUCCAAUCCAUCUUGACGUUCUAUGUCUAAAGUGCAUUGGCAUCUUCAACAAUAGGAAUUCACCUUUUACCUCUAGGAGGCAACCAUGAGCAACAGGAAUAGCCUAUAAUGUAUUGCAGUCUCUUGGGCUGGUAUGACCAACAACUUCAAAACAUGCUGCUUGGUGUUGGUUUUGUUAGAAAAUCUAUGACCCUGUGAGGAGCAUUAUCAGCCCAGAUGAGAAAUUUUCAUUUUUAUUCUAAAUAUAUAUGUAUAUCCACAGACUUAUGUAUUAAAGGUAUUAUUGGUUUGUGGACAAUAGUAUGAUUCCUUAUGACUUUUUAGAUAUCUUUACUAUUUUUUUUUUUUAUAUUGUCCUUCUGGGUUUUGAUGUUUUGUAUAUGGUUGGCUCAGGGAGUGGCACUUUUUGGAGGUGUGGCCUUGUUGGAGUAGGUGUGCCACUGUAGGCUUGGGCUUUAAAACCCUCAUCCUAACUACCUGGAAGUCAGUCUUCUAGCUGCCUUCAGAUGAAGAGUAGAACUCUUAGACCCUCCUGCACCAUUCUGCCUGGACACUGCCAUACCCCCACCUUGAUGAUAAUGGACUGAACCUCAACUUGUAAGCCAGCCCCAAUUAAAUAUCCUUUUAAGAGUUGCAUUGGUUAUGAUGUCUGUUCAUAACAGUAAAACCCUAACUAAGACAGAAGUCAUAUCUGUCCCUUCUCCAUAAUUAAAUCUAUUUCACUGUUAUUCCAUUUUCCCCUUUAGAUUACUUGUUCCUUGUUAUUCCCCCUCUCUAUUAUUUCCCCACAUCCCACUAUGAUCUGUUUUUAGUUUUCUGGUUACUGCAGGUACUCCAGGUUGUGAACUCACAUCAGAAGAUUUGGAGCUAGGAACUUCCUAUGAGCGAGAACAUGCAAGGCCUGUCUUUGUGGGUCUGGUACUCCACUCACUAUGAUCUUUAUCUGCAAGACUCAUGAUUUUAAUAUUCUUUACAGCUCAAUAAUAUUCCAUAGUCUAUAUGCACCACAUUUUCACUAUCCAUUUGUCCAUUGAAGGCCAUUUAUGUUGUUUCCCUUUUUAAAGCUAUGUUGAGUAGAGUAGCAGUGAACAUCUGUGCAAUAGGACAUUGAUUCCUUUGAGCAUAUGCAAAGGAGUAGAAGAACUGUGGCAUGGGCUAGAUUUAUUUAAUUUGAGGGUUUGUUUAUUUAAUUGAAGAUUGUCCAUAUUGAUACCCGCAAUGGCUGCAGUUUUUGUUCAUGGCAGUUUUAUUCCUAAUGCUCUAUUAUUUAUGUUGUUGGUUGGACUACGGAUACUAUUCUUCCUUCUACGUGAGAAUUAGUAUUUUUGCUGUUUUGCUUAUGGAUGAUUACUUCCUAGUUCUCCCAUAUUUAUCUGUUUUCCACAUACAGUUUAUUAUGCCUAUGUUUUCAUGGCUACUCAUCUAUUUCUCUUGUGCAUAUUUUCAUUUAUUUUAUUAUAUAUUAGGCUGCUUUAGUGAAAUGAAUUGUAUUAAUUUGGACUAUCUUGAAAUGCACUUAUAUCUCUCCAUCAAUUUUAAGAGAUUAUUUUUCUAGAUCCAACAAUAUGCUUGGUGGUGACUUUCCCUCCAGACUUUAGAGAUGCUCCUAUGUUGUCUUGGUUUUGGGAUCAUUGACAGGACACCUCAUAGUAUUCUGCUGUUUGAAUCUUUUUAUGUUGUUUGACACUAUUCUUUAAUAGAUUUCAGUAUUGAUUUCUGCUUUUUCUUUUUCCUUUCCUUUUUGAUCCCUUAUAUGAAAGGACCACGAGCUGGCUAUCCAUUGUUCCUAAAAGAGAAACUCAGAGAAGAGAAACAGAAAUGGAUGAUUUUCCAGUAAACAUGUCCCAGCGUCUGUUGACAUUUGGGGAUGUGGCUGUGGACUUCCCUCAGGAGGAGUGGGAAUGCCUGGACUCUGCUCAGAGGGCUCUGUACAUUGAUGUGAUGUUGGAGAAUUACAGCAACCUGGUCUCUGUCGAGAACUACUGCUUCUGUGAUACUGUUCAUCAACAUGUGAAGACUGAAAAGGAGUCUUGUCAGCAUAAUAAGCUUGGUGCAAUGCUUCAUGAUCCCUCCCAGGAUGCACUUUGCAAAAGAAGUGACACUACAGAAACCUCUAAUAACUACAGAUGCUGUAAGGACAGCGAUUGCUCUGUUGACUCAUCAAAUCUAUACAGACAUAGGAGCAUGCACACUGGAGAAGAACCUUGCAAACUUGAAGACUGUGAGAGAUCUUUAAAUGUGUGUUCCAGCAUUAUUCAAGGUGAAAGACUCUACACUGCAAAUAAAGAGCACAGAGAAGAUCAAUAUGAUGACUAUUUCAACUGUACAUAUAAUCUCAUGCAACAAGCAAUCUACCUUGAAGAGAAACCACAUGAGUGUGGCAAAUGUGGUAAAUGCUUCAGUACCUCCUCAAGGCUCAUUAAACAUCAGAGAAUUCAUACUGGAAAGAAACCUUACAAGUGUAACAUUUGUGACAAAUCCUAUAACCAGUAUGCAAAUCUUAAAAUACAUCAAAGACUUCAUACUGGGGAGAAACCUUACAAAUGCAAAGAAUGUGGAAAGUCGUUUCGUCAAACCUCUGUACUUAAAAGCCAUCAGAAAAUGCAUACUGGAGAAAAGCCUUACAAAUGUAAGCUAUGUGACAAGUCCUUUGCCCACUCUUCCAGUUUUAGGACACACCAGAAAAUCCAUACUUCUGAGGAACAUUGUAGUUGUCCAGAAUGUGGCAGGGAAUUUCAUCAGCUUUCACACUUUAGAAAACAUUACAGACUCCAUACUGGAGAGAAGCCUUACAAAUGCAAUGAAUGUGACAGAUCCUUUACCCACUAUGCAUCAUUAAGAUGGCAUCAGAAAACUCAUUCUCCAGAGAUACAUUAUGAAUGCAAAGAAUGUGGUAAGUCCUUUAUUGAAUUAUCACAUCUUAAAAGGCAUUACAGAAUCCAUACUGGUGAAAAGCCUUACAAAUGUGAGAUAUGUGAAAAGUCCUUCACUGUGAAUUCAACUCUUAAGACACAUCAGAAAAUUCACACUGGAGAGAAACCUUACAAAUGUAGGGAAUGUGACAAAUCCUUUACUCAUAACUCACAUCUUAGAAGACAUCAGAGUGUUCAUACUGGAGAGAGACCUUACAGCUGUAAGGAAUGUGACAAAACUUUUACUGAGUGCUCAACUCUUAGAGAACAUCAGAAAAUUCAUACUGGAGAAAAAACUUACAAAUGUGGAGAAUGUGAUAAAUCUUUUACCCAGCAUUCAUAUCUCAGAAGUCAUCUCAGAGUUCAUACUGGAGAGAGACCUUAUGUAUGUAAGGAAUGUGGCAAAUCUUUUACUACUUGCUCAAUUCUUAGAACACAUCAGAAAAUUCAUACUGGAGAGAAACCUUACAAAUGUAAAGAAUGUGACAAGUCUUUUACCCAAGACUCACAUCUUAGAACACAUCACAGAGUUCAUACUGGAGAGAGACCUUACAGUUGUAAGGAAUGUGACAAAUCUUUUACUCGGUGCUCAUAUCUUAGAGCACAUCAAAAAAUUCAUACUGGAGAGAAACCCUACAAAUGCAAAGAUUGUGAUAUAUCCUUUCUCCGGAUUUCUAGUCUUAGAAUACAUCAGAAAAUUCAUACUGGAGAGAAACCUUACAAAUGCAAAGACUGUGACAUAUCAUUUAACCAGAUUUCAAAUCUCAGAAGACAUCAGAAACUUCAUACUGGUGAGAAACCUUACAAAUGUGUGGAAUGUGACAAGUCCUUUACUCAUAACUCAAAUCUUAGAGCACAUCAGAGAGUUCAUACUGGAGAGAAACCUUAUAGAUGUACAGAAUGUGACAAAUCUUUUACUAGGUGCUCCUACCUUAGAGCACAUCAGAAAAUUCAUACUGGAGAGAAACCUUACAAAUGCAAAGACUGUGACAAAUCCUUUAUCCACCUUUCAAAUCUUAGAAGACAUCAGAGAGUUCAUAAUGGAGAGAAACAUACCAAUGUAAAUCAUGUGAUAUAGCAUUUAUCCAGAGUUAUCUUGGCUUUCAAAUCCUAACAUUAUACAUAAUAGAAACAUAAGGAUGAGAAACUUGUGAAAGCAUUUAAUGAAGUUUUAAAUCUUAGAAAAUAUCACAGAAUUUAAGUUAAAAUUUUGCAAAUGUUAUUGAAAAGUUCCCUUCCCUCUUCCUCUGUGUGUGUUUGUGUAUGAGUGUAUAGGUGCUUUUGUGCUUGUUUCAUUGCACUACAUCUAUGUAUAGUGCCCGUGGAGGCCAGAAGCUAUCAAGAGAUCCCCUGAAACUGGAGUUAAAGACAGUUGUGUCUAUGUGUGUAUUGGAAAUUGAUCCCCAAUCCUCUAAAAGGUCAGCCCUUACUUUUAUCUACUAAGCUAUGUCUCUACCCCUGGGCAGAGUGGCAAUUAAAACAUCUUGUUCAUCAUCCAAAAAUUCAUAAUAAAAUUCUUAAUUCCAU